GGCCUAGCCCUGAGUUUUCCUUUCCUGAGGGGAAUCGAGCGCACGACGGCGAAGAUCAAUCUUGGCGUCGCCUUGCGGCCGCCAUUGGCGUCACCACUCGCCACCACCCUUCGGACCAGAGCCCGCCACCACCACCUCUCCGCGCAGCCGCUAGCGCGAGAUGCCCUCGGGCGAGCUCUUGCUAUGAUCCGCGGCGCUCACCCACCCCAGCUCCGAGCAACCCGGGCGCUCUUCGCCCGGCUCUGGUCGCCGCGGCGUCUCUGCGGCGACGGUUCAGGAAACCACGGCAGCGAGAGGCCCGACACUGUACAGAGUGAUGCUGGCGGCGUCCACGGGGGAGGGGAGGAGGUGGCACGGCUGGUUGCCGGCCGCGUCCCGCGAGAAGUGCUCCUCCGGCUGCCACGGCCCGGCGGCUCGUCGGAGAGCGACGACGAUGAUGGCGAAAAUUUUUCUUCCGGUUCCGGUCCCAGCAGGAGGAGGUUCUUCGAGGAUGUGAGGCUGGAGGCGGACAGGAUCUUCAGGAUCCUGCUGCAGGACGGCCCGGGGUUUAGCGCCCGCCAGGCGCUCGACGAAAUGCGCCCCAGGGUGUCCAACGCACUGGUGAGAGAAGUGCUGUUCAGGAUCGUUGCGUCCGUGGACACUGUGAAUCGCGAGAGGUACCCGAAGCUGGCGUACAAGUUCUUCAUGUGGGCGGGACAGCAGGAGGGGUACCGGCACGGCACGAGCAUGUACAACCUCGUCAUGAAGGUAUUUGCUGAGUGCGGGGAGGUCAAGGCGAUGUGGCGGCUGUUUGAGGAGAUGGCGGACAAGGGGCUGUCUGUCUCUGCUCGGACGUUCCACCUCUUGAUAUGCGCCUCUGGGCAGGCUGGGUUGAGACGGAGGCUGGUGGAGAGGUUCAUCAAGUCGAGCACUUUCAAUUACCGUCCAUUCAGGAAUGCGUUCAAUGCGAUACUGCACACGCUUCUGACGAUAGAGCAGUACUCGCUGAUCGAGUGGGUUCACCAGAAGAUGCUCCUCGAGGGGCACUUGCCUGAUGUCUUGACGUACAAUGUGGUGAUGCGUGCAAAGUAUAUGCUCGGGAAGUUGGAUCAGUUCCAUCGGCUGCUUGAUGAGAUGGGAAAAGACGGGCUUACGCCUGACCUCCAUACUUACAAUCUCUUGCUUCAUGUCCUUGGUAAAGGAGAUAAACCCCUUGCAGCUCUCAAUUUGCUGAACUAUAUGAGUGAUGUUGGGUGUGUACCAAAUGUGCUUCAUUUCACAAACUUGAUAGAUGGUCUUGGCCGUGCUGGCAACCUAGAAGCUUGCAAGCAUUUCUUUGAUGAGAUGAUAAAAAAAGGGUGUGAACCAGAUGUUGUCUGCUACACAGUUAUGAUCACAGGCUAUGUGGCAGCUGGGGAAUUUGAGGAAGCACAGAGGUUUUUUGAUGAUAUGUUAGUGAGAGGGCAGCUUCCAAAUGUGUACACAUACAAUUCAAUGAUACGUGGGCUUUGCACAGUAGGGGAGUUUGAUAAAGCAUUCUCUAUGCUGAAGGACAUGGACUCGCAUGGAUGCACACCAAACUUUUCAGUUUAUAGUAGCCUUGUGAGCAGAUUGCGUAAUGCCGGGAAGGAUUCUCAAGCUAAUAAUGUCAUUAAGUACAUGACAGAUAAGGGCCAUUAUUUUCAUCUGUUGUCAAGGUUUGGGGGAUAUAGAAGAUGUUGAGAUGAGAUGCCCCAUAAUUAGAUGCAGAGUUGUUCAUUCCUUUGGUUGUUUCCAUUUCAGAAAGAUGGAUAAUAAGGGAGUAUCCUAGAAACCAGUUGCACUCUAAUUGUUGUAUACUCGAUGUAGCACAUCCAUGCGGGAGUCCUUGUCUAUUGAUGAACUACAGAAAUGUAGUGUUGUAUACUGUAAUUGUUUUAUGCAACAAUGAAAUGUGAUAGGAUGGUAGUCAUUAGUAAUGAAUCCUGAUUCACUAGUCCUAAAUAGAAUACCCAAUCUUUGUUCUGUUGCA